AGAUCAAUUAAUUAUGUAGAGAGAGAAAGGAAGAGUGUCUGUCUGCGCACGAGAAUACGGACGAGAGAGAGAGAGUGGGGGACCUCGUGAUCGGUGAGAGAAGAGACCAUGGAAGACUGUUCCCAUGGGUCACGUGGGUUCUUUUGACUGCCCAAUGAACACCGCAUCACCCUUGACCCCCUGCAUUGUUCGGUGCGCCCGAGCGCUUCCCGACCUACGUCUCGGACCGCAUGUUGACCGCCCCUUUCCAUUCUGCCCUUUCUCGAUCCACCCCCAAACCCAAAUCUUCCCUUUUCUCUCUCUCUCUAACCUCUUCAUAUCCUCUAUAUAAUCUAACUCCAAAACCUCAUUCUCUCCGCUCUAUAUAUCUCCACAAAAUCUCCUCCUAAAGGGGGCGCUUCCUCUCUCUCUCUAGAAUAGACGUUUCAUCGCCCUUCUCUCUCUAGCUCUUUACUAGGUUCACUCACUCUAUUACUAUCACUUAGCCUCUCUAUCAUCUCCAGAUUUCCCUCUGGUUUUUGUGUAUCUUCACCUGUCGUUUUCUCUUUGGCUUUAAGACCGCUCUUUUUCUUUCCCUGUUGCCUUGUUAUUUUGAUGCGGUGCGCUAUGCAUCGGGCAAGCUCGCUGGAGGAGGGAUGCUCUUCUGUGGACUGCACUCUGUCUCUAGGCCCGCCGUCUGCACGGCAAAGGGGUGCGUCAUCUUCGUCGGACCUGGGUUCGCGCCCUGGCUGUGGGCAAUCGAGCCCUACUGGUGCGACUAGGUUUUGGUGGGAUAUUGACCUUCAGCUCAUGCAUAGGCAACAGCAGCAUCAGGCGAGGCAGCAGCAAAGGAGGAGCAGUGGACUGAGUGUGGGUGGGGAUCCUUUGAUGGCUCGGAGGUGCGCGAACUGCGAUACCACUUCUACUCCUCUGUGGAGGAACGGCCCUAGAGGACCCAAGUCGCUUUGCAACGCUUGUGGAAUCCGCUACAAGAAAGAAGAAAGGCGCUCCACCACGGCGGAACACUACAACGAGCAACAGCAACAGCAGCAUGUGGUCGGGCACCUCUUCAAUCCUCACCAUCUGUCUCCUCGCUCUCCUUCUUUCCCCUUGGCCGUAGAAGACGAAGAGGAUGAGGAGAGAGAAAAGGCUGAGAUGGUAGGCGGCGCCCCCUGUGUCUCGUGGCGGCUCGGCCUCUCCACGGACUUUUCAGUAGUACAUCACUUGACCUGAGAUUAUAAUGGAGAAACACACUUCUAGAGAGAGAAGAGUUAGAGAGAGAGAGUAUGUGGUGGUUGCUUUUGUUUAUUUGUUUUAGAUUCAGAAUGCAUGACAUGUACUUUUCUUAGACCCCUUAAUUACCCAAAAAAAGAAAGUUUAGACC